CAUUAACCAAUUCCCCGCAAGGCUCCGUCAGAGUGGAGCAGUUUCUCUCUCCUUCAGCAGGAGGCUGCUGCAGCAUUCCUACCCAGACUGAAAGGGUGAGAAGAACUCGAUUGUUUCAGCCACACUUCAGCAUGUCAACAACGAGAGAAAUAUCGCUAAGUGAAAACACACUUUUCGGAAUGGGAAAUCCACUGCUUGACAUUUCAGCCGUGGUGGACAAGGACUUUCUUGACAAGUAUGGACUAAAGCCAAAUGACCAGAUCCUUGCUGAAGAUACUCAUAAAGCUCUAUUUGAAGAGAUCGUCCGGAGGGACAAAGUUGAAUACCAUGCUGGUGGAUCCACCCAGAACUCUGUCAAGAUCGCGCAGUGGAUGAUCCAGAAACCACACAAGGUGGCCACGUUCUUCGGGUGCAUCGGCACUGACCACUUUGGGGAGAUACUGAAGCAGAAGGCAGCGGAAGCUCAUGUUGAUGCCCAUUACUACGAGCAAAGCGCGGAGCCCACUGGAACCUGUGCAGCCUGCAUCACUGGGGACAACAGGUCCCUUGUGGCCAACCUGGCAGCAGCAAACUGCUACAAAAAGGAGAAACACCUGGACUUGGACAGCAACUGGGAGCUGGUGAAGAAAGCCAAGGUCUAUUAUAUAGCGGGUUUCUUCCUGACUGUGUCUCCAGAGUCCAUCCUCAAGGUGGCGAAGCACGCCUCUGAAAACAACAAAAUCUUCUGCAUGAACCUGUCAGCGCCGUUCAUCAGCCAGUUCUUUAAACAGCCACUGAUGGACGUCAUGCCUUACGUGGACAUCUUGUUUGGCAAUGAAACGGAGGCGGCGACGUUUGCCAAAGAGCUGGGCUUUGAGACUGAUGACAUUGCCGAUAUUGCAAAGAAAACACAAAAUCUGCCAAAGGACAACACGAAAAGGCAACGAGUGGUGGUCUUCACUCAGGGCAAAGAUGACACGGCGGCAACUGUUGGUGAGAAAGUGACCAUGUUCCCAGUUUUGGACAUCGACCAGAAUGACAUUGUGGACACCAACGGUGCGGGCGACUCCUUCGUGGGAGGGUUCCUCUCCGCACUGGUCCAAGAGCAACCACUGGAGGAGUGCAUCCGGGCGGGUCACUACUCCGCCAAUGUCAUCAUCAGACGGGUUGGCUGCACCUUCCCCGAGAAGCCAGACUAUCACUGACCCCAUUUCUGUGCCAACCUUUGUACUUCCACACUUCUGCUUCAGGGUUUUACAACACUUUUCCAGUCACGUUGAAUAAGUGGGACUCAACUCUUUUAAACAGUCACAUCUGAAAUGUUUUGCAAGUAUAUUACAUUACAUUACAAUUGCAUGUCUGCUAAUGCUCUUAUUAAAAUCUCAAACCUCAAGCUCACGUUCCAUGUGAUGACUCUGCAAGCAGGACCACGCUAAAACCCAUGUAACAUGAUGUGUUUGGAAAACUGGAAGCUCAGCUGUCAGCUGGACACCUGAUGGAAUGAUGUGUCAACUCAGAAACAUGCAAUUUUCCUGUUUGAGCAUUCACGUAAUGUCUGCUGAGCAAUUUUAUGUUGCUCAUCUGCUGACAGAAAAACAAAUGUGAAAGACUUCGUCCUGAGCAUGGAUGUACACACGACUGCUUGGUCUAGCUAGCCUUUUCAAUAAACUUAAAAAAAAAAAAACUCGAAGAAAAAAAAAUCGCCCCAAUCGUAACAACUAAAGUAACUAUAUUUGGAUGACAUUUUUGACUCAUUUCGACGCUAGACUGUCUUCAUGGUGAGUAUUUAUGUCAGUAAAAUAAGAUACCCCUAAAAUGUAUUUUUUCAUUUGGAAAACACAUACCUAGAAAGUGUACCCGGCUGAGCGACCUGUCCAUGGUGUAUUGCUGCCUCUUGCCCAAUGACUGCUGGGAUAGGCUCCAGCACUCACCGCAACACUGAACAGGACUAAGCAGUGGCUAGUUGAGGAUGUUUUAUGUAUGUAUGUAU